AUGGCCGCCUCCUCCUCCUCCUCGCUCCGGAUCCCCGCACCAACCCACCACCCCGCCGCGGGGGCGCGUCCGCGGCGGCUGCCCUUCCACGCCGUCUCCGUCCGCCCCCGCCGCUCCGCAGCCUCCGCCUCCUCCUCCUCGCAGCAGGCGCCGGCGCCGGGCGACGGCGACGACGCCGACGGGCCCACCGGCGUGCCCGUGCCCGUGCCCUUCUCCCGCGACUCCGCCAUCGCGCUGCCUCGGCCGCUGACGAGCGCGGAUCUGACGGGGGAGGCCAGCGGGGAGGGCCUCAGGGUCGCGUACCAGGGGUGCCCGGGCGCCUACAGCGAGGCCGCCGCCAAGAAGGCCUACCCGAGCUGCGAGACCGUGCCCUGCGAGUACUUCGAGACCGCCUUCCAGGCCGUUGAGAAGUGGGCGGCUGACCGUGCAGUGUUGCCGCUGGAGAAUUCCUUGGGCGGCAGCAUACAUCGCAACUAUGACCUCCUGCUUCGCCACCGGCUGCACAUUGUGGGUGAGGUGCGGCUGGCGGUUCGUCAUUGCCUGCUCGCGAACCGUGGCGUCAAGAUUGAGAACCUGCGGAGUGCCAUGAGCCACCCUCAGGCUCUUGCGCAGUGUGAGCAAACACUGACGCAGCUAGGAAUUGAACACAGAGAAGCUGUCGAUGAUACAGCGGGUGCAGCCAAGCAAAUUGCAGAAGAAAAUCUCCAAGACACCGCUGCUGUUGCCAGUUCAUUGGCUGCUCAACUUUAUGGACUGGACAUUCUUGCAGAAAAUAUCCAGGAUGACGCAGAUAAUGUAACCCGUUUCAUGAUGCUGGCUCGGGAACCCAUUAUCCCUCGCACAGAUAAGCCAUUCAAGACUAGCAUAGUAUUCUCUUUGGAAGAAGGACCUGGACAACUCUUCAAGGCGCUUGCUGUCUUUGCUCUGAGAAAAAUUAACCUCACCAAGAUGGAAAGCCGUCCACACAAGAAAAAGCCUCUACGUGUAGCUGAUGAUAAUUCCACCCCGCUGAAGCACUUCGACUACCUUUUCUACGUAGAUUUCGAGGCAUCAAUGGCUGAUCCGAAUGCACAAAAUGCUCUGAGUAACUUAAAGCAAGAGUUUGCCACCUUCCUAAGAGUUCUUGGGAGCUAUCCUACCGAUGUCACCGAAGCAUGA